AUGCUGCCGUCCAACCACCCAUACAACCCCGAAGAGGUCCUUCCUCCCACUCCCCUCCCCCUCCCGGAAGAAGUGGCGGACGUCAUCCCCCCGUCCGAGGUCCUCCCUCCACCAAUCCCAAACUCAGCACUAGACGUGACGCUCCCGCGGAUCGUCCUCGGCUGCGCUCCCUUCGGGUAUGGUGUCUACGCCGACCGUGAUGCGGUACGCACGACGAUGCCGGCUCGGAUAGUGCGUGCAGCCCUACGCGCAGGCAUGACGGCUUUUGACACGGCACCGCACUACCAUCCCUCGGAGAUCAUUCUUGGCCACAGCCUCGCGGCCUUGAGAGACGAAUACCCCCGCGAGUCAUACGCUAUCAUAACAAAGGCGGGCAAGUAUGGACCACAUGUGGCGGACCACGACUAUUCACCCAAAGUGAUCAAGGCCAGUGUGGAACGGAGCCUGCGCCGCCUCCAGACUUUGUACUUGGACGUUGUGUAUCUACACGACGUCGAGUUUGUUGCCGACGCCCCACCCGCCCAGGGAACGCACCUCGACGCACUGGGAGACGGGGCGGCAGAAUAUCACCUCACCUCCCUCGAACCCCUCGGCGCAGGGGAUCAAGUCGUACUCGCCGCUCUUGAUGCUCUUCGCGACCUCCAGUCCGAGGGCAAGAUCCGCGCAAUCGGAAUCGCAGGAUAUCCCCUCCCGACAAUGCUUCGUCUCUGUCGCCUUGCCCAGGCGGCGGGGCACCCAGUGGACGUAGUACAGAGCUACGCGCAUCAGACUGUCUUGUGCUCCACCCUCGCCUCGUUCUUGCCGGCCUUUGAAGCGGCCGGCGUGAAGCAGGUCGUCAAUGCCGCCCCGCUCGCUAUGGGUAUCCUCACGGCUCACGGAGGACCGGAAUGGCAUCCCGCCAAAUACGUCCCGGCCGUGUACGACGCUACUCGCGCGGCAGUGAGGUUGGCCAAGGAGAUGGGGAGUACCAUCGAAGACGUGGCUUGUGCGUUCGGGUACCGCCCGCUCAACAUGGCGAAUGGAGCGGUCGUGCCGGUGGUAAUUGGGUGUACGGACCUCAAGCAGUUGCACAUGACGUUGAAGUCGUAUGCCGAGGUCAACGGUGGCCAGGUGUCUGAAGCAACGUUGGAAGCUGAGGACGCAGUGGUGAAGCUCUUUGAGGAGAGGGGGGUGCAUAAUGUUAGCUGGCAGAGCCCCGCCCCCAAGGACCUGUAG